GCAUAACGCAGCCAGGAGAGCCAUCGAUGGCGGCGGCGGCGAUGGCAGCCGCCGUGGUGCUCGCGGCCGUCGUGGCGGCGGCGGCGGCGCAGGCGGAAGUCCGGUGGGAGGUGUCGUACCUCACGCUGGAGCCCCUUGGCCAAGCGCAGAAGGUAAUUGCGAUAAACAACCAGUUCCCGGGCCCUCUCCUGAACGUGACGACGAACCAGAACGUGAGGGUGAACGUCCAAAACAACCUGGAUGAGCCCCUCCUCAUCACCUGGGACGGAAUCCAGAUGAGGAUGAACUCGUGGCAGGAUGGCGUCUCCGGCACCAACUGCCCAAUCCCUCCUGGAUGGAACUGGACCUACCAGUUCCAGCUGAAGGACCAGAUCGGCAGUUUCUUCUACUUCCCGUCGCUCGGCCUCCAGCGAGCUGCCGGCGGGUAUGGCCCCAUCACCAUCAACAACCGCGCCACUGUGCCAGUCCCCUUUGGCCAGCCCGACGGUGACAUCACCCUGUUCAUUGGGGAUUGGUACACCAACAGCCACAUUGAAUUGAGGAACAUGCUAGAUGAUGGCAAGGAUCUAGGGGUACCAGAUGCAAUUCUGAUCAAUGGAAGGGCACCUUACAGAUAUGACACUACACUGGUUCCUGAUGGCCUUCAGUAUGAAACUGUUGGAGUUGAGCCAGGCAAGACAUAUCGCUUCCGUGUCCAUAAUGUUGGCAUCUCAACUAGCCUCAACUUCAGGAUCCAGAAUCACAAAAUGCUUCUGGUAGAGACUGAAGGAACCUACACCAAUCAGCAGAACUACACCAACCUCGACAUCCAUGUGGGACAGUCCUACUCUUUCUUGGUGACCAUGGACCAGAAUGCAAGCACCGACUACUACAUUGUAGCGAGCCCAAGGUUCAUAAGCAAUCCUCAAUGGAGCCAGGUCACCGGUGUGGCCAUCCUGCAGUACUCAAACUCCAAAGGCAAAGCUUCUGGCCCCCUCCCUGAUGCUCCAAAUGAUUACUAUGACAAGUACUACUCCAUCAACCAGGCAAAGUCCAUCAGAAUGAACACGAGUGCUGGUGCUGCCCGUCCAAACCCGCAGGGAUCAUUCCAUUACGGUUCGAUCAACAUCACUCAGACCUUUGUUCUCAAGAAUGAGGCACCCUUGCGCAUCAAUGGAAAGCAGCGAAGAACGAUCAACAGGAUCUCAUACUCUCCUCCUGAGACACCAUUGAGGCUUGCUGACCUACACAACCUGACUGGAGUCUACACAACUGAUUUCCCUGCAAUGCCAAGCAACAUACCAGCAAGGGUAGCUUCUUCUGUGCUGAAUGCAUCCUACAAGGGCUUCCUCGAGAUCAUCUUCCAGAACAAUGACACUGAUAUUCAGACCUACCAUCUGGAUGGUUACUCAUUCUUUGUAGUUGGGAUGGAUUAUGGCGAGUGGACACCAGACAGGAGGAAUGAAUACAGCAGGUGGGAUGCCAUCUCUCGCUGCACCACUCAGGUCUUCCCCGGAGGCUGGACUGCUGUCCUAAUCUCACUUGACAAUGUCGGUAUCUGGAAUCUGCGUGCCGAGAAGCUGGAUAACUGGUACAGAGGGCAGGAGGUCUAUGUGAAGGUUGCUGAUCCGCUGGGCUACAAUAUCACUGAAAUGAUCAUGCCGGAUAACGUCCUGUACUGCGGUAUACUGAAGGAGAGGCAAACGCCACAGGUUCAUGAGUCAAACAGCAAAUCGUCAGCGCAAGCUGAGGCUGGAUGGAGCAACAGGCUACUUGCGAGCGUGAUGCUGGUUGUCGCAGCUGUGAUCUUCAGUUGAAUUUGUCCAUUUUUUGGGUUAUAGGUUUUGUCGAGGCAGAAAUAGAACAUUUACAUUAAAUUCAGCAUAGGGAAAUUUGUGGAGAUAGGAUCUGGUGGUGAUUUUCAAGUUGUUAGAUGUUACAGAACAACUAGAAAAGCUGUUUCUGAAAAGGCCUGGAAUUUGAUACUUGAAAUGAGAUUUCGACAGUUUACUC